AUGUAUACUGUGCAAAUAAUUAACUUAAAUGAUUCAAAAACCUCAGAAGAUGCUAGUGAUAUUAUUGGUGAACAAUGCUUUGAGAGUACUAAUGCAAAUUCUAAUUUUAUUCUAAAUUAUAAUGCAACUGUAACUCAAAAGUUAGACUUUAUUAAAAAACAUCCAAUUCAACCUACUCACACUGGAAAUAUAAACUUUGAUGUUAAUAAAAUUUACUAUAGAAUCGUUUCUGGGAAAAAAAUUCAUAGAACUUGGUUAUCUAUUUUAGUCGAAGACAAUGAUUUCAAGUCAAUGUUUUGUUCAAUUUGUAUAGCAUUUGGUUCUGGAAUAAGUAAUUUUUCAAGUAACAGUGGCUGUACAAAUUUAAAAUCAAUGUACUCAGCUAUUGAACGACAUGAAAAAUCAAUUAUACAUACUAAUGCAGUAGAAAGCUAUUUUCAAGCUUCUAAAGAAAUGUCUAUGGAGUAUCUUAUAAAUAGAAAUAUGAUGGCUGUUAAAAGGCAAGAAACAGAAAAUAAUAUUCAUGUGCUUAAAGAAGUUUUUGAAAUUAUCAAGUUCCUUGGUCGUCAAAAUUUACCGUACAGGGGAUCUGCUUCCAAUGAAACAUUAUCAAACUUUGAUGAUAUUUUAAUAAAUAAAGGUAAUUUUUUGGAAAUGGUUCAAUUUGCAUCCAAAAAAGAUACCAUUUUGCAUGAACAUUUACGUCAAGCUAUUAAAAAUAGUAAACUAAGGAAGGAGAGGUUAGAGAAAAAUAAAAACUUAAAUUCAAAAGGGCGAGGUUCACUUAUUACAUUUUUAUCGAAAACAACUGUUGAUAAAGUAAUUUCAGGAAUUUUAAAGGCUAUAAGAAAUAAAAUUAAAAAUGAACUUAGUGAUCAAAACUUCAGUAUAAAAAUGGAUAGCACCCAGGAUGUUGGUGUUAUGGACCAAGCAUCUAUUUGUGUUCGUUAUAUCAAUGAUGGUGAUAUAAAAGAAAGACUGUUUGCAAUUGUCCAAGUAAAGAGUUCUAAAGGUGAAGAACUUUAUAAAUUACUUAAAGAUUGUUUUUUUGAACAUGGGCUUAAAUUUAGUAAUAUAAUUGGUGAGUCAUUUGAUGGAGCUAAUAACAUGAGUGGUCAAUUUUCUGGUCUUCAGUCUUUUAUAAAAUCUGAAAAUAAGAAUAGCAUCUUCAUAUGGUGUUACAGUCACAUCUUAAAUUUAUGUAUGGUUGAUAUAUGUAAAAACAUUGAUUCAAAAACUUUGUUUGGUCUUUUAAACCGUUUAGCAACGUUUUUUGGUAGUUCUUAUAAGAGAAUGAAUACUUGGACNCAAUUGUGUUCUGGUAAAUACAAUUAUACCAUCAUUUUGGUUUCUUUUAAUACUCGAGAAAGACAGUCUAUAUCCAGGAAUCUUAAAAUUACAGUAUUCUACAUUAUGCCAGGUUUCAGUUAA